UCGUGCACAUAGUUUGUCAAAGUUUACAAACACUGCAGAUACUCCUGUAGAUUUAGAAUCCGAAGAUCAAGCAAACAUGAAUACCAACACCAUAGGAGACAAAAGACCACUUGCAAAAGUCUAUCGACGUCCAGAUAACAAAGUCAUAAAGGCUACUGCUGGAAGAAAUAUCAAAACUCUUGUUGGAAAUAAACUUGUUGAUGAAGUAGAAGGGGAUGAACAUAAUUGUAAUAAUCUGGUGGAUGAACAAGAUGGAGAUCAAGAUAAUGACAAACAAAGUGAUGAAGAUAUGCAAGAAGGUGAAGAAGACAGUGCACAAGAAGAUAGUGCAGAAGACAUGGAGCAAGACGAUAGUGCACAAGAAGGUGAAGAAGGUGAUGAAGAUAGUGCAGAAGAAGAAGAUGAUGAACAAGACGAUGUACUAAACGAAAGUGAGGAAGAAAAUGAGGAUGAAGAAGAAGAGGAUGAACAAGAAGAGGAUGAAACAGAAAAUCAAGCUCAAGUCAACAAUGCACAACCAAAGAUUAAAAUAACAAAAUACAAAAGGAAAAAGGAAGCUGCAUUUGAAACUCAUAUACCAAGAAAAAGGAUUGCUGGAACAUUAUAUCCACUAUUGAAGUUCAUGAACAAGGAUGUUAAGAAAACAGAAGGGGCUAAACAUAUAAAUAAGAAAAAAGACGAGGUCAAGAUAAGGAUAUCUCCAAGGCAUUUUAGUAAGAUGGUAGGUGAACUCACAAAAGAGCAGAGGGACUGGGUUACAAGAGCUGGUUUUGCACUCUUACUCGAUUUUGAGCUUGACAUUCUGCCAACCAAAAUCGCCUACAAUGUACUCCAAAUCUUUGAUCACCACUCAAUCUCACUGAAGCUGAAGGAUGGAGAUAUUAAUAUUACAAGUGAAGAUGUUUAUGAUGUGUUAGGCCUGCCAAAUGGAGGACAUCCUAUUAUUCUGGCAUCACCUGGAAAGUACAGUCAAAGAAUCAAAGAUUGGCAUGCACAAUUCACUUUAUCUGAUCAAAUAACAACACAGAUGAUUGUUCAAGUGAUGAAAAACCAAGAAGUUAAUGAUAACUUCAAAUUAAACUUCCUUCUUGUUAUGUCAAAUGUGCUUAUUGGUACAAAAGGAGCUUCUUAUGUGGACAAACAACUGCUGCAACUUGAUGAUAACCAUGACAAUCUCAAGAAGUACAAAGGAAUGAACCUGGUUGAUAGACAAUUUCCUUCCUACAAUGGUUGGACUCUAAAAAUGUUGAGACAAAGACAAGAAAUUGAGGUGAUUGACGGAGUUUUUGGAGUUGGAUCAAUCCAACCAAGUUUAAAAGAAUAUCUUCAAAAAAUUGAUCCUUCUGAACCUCCAAAGACAAAGGUAAAUGAUAAUGAAAAUGGAGCCUGGGAUACGUGGCAGUAUUGGUCAGAGGUGGAUAGAAUUGAAAAAGAUUACCUGAAGAGAAAGGAGUCAACAUCACAACAACCUCAUGAAUCAACUCAGUGCCAAAGUCCACAAAAUACACAGUAUUACACUCCUCCAACAGAGGCAGCUGAUGGAAAUGUUGAACAAACUGAAGAGGAUGUACUUCAUGAUUUACGUAAAAGGGCAGAGGAACUUGUGGACAUAAAGUCCAAAUUUGAUGAAGAUUUAGUGAAAGCAAGGGAAAAGUUUCCCGAUAAUAAAAACUUUGCUAUUAUCGGUGAAAUGCUGAAAGAAUAUCUCAUUCCUAACCAGGAAACUGGUGAUGAUUUGGGUGAUGAAUUAUCACCUGAAAUUGUCGCCAGCCUAGAAGUUGUUGAAGAAAUGGACAGAACCGACAUUGAGAUCCUUGCUGAGCAACAGAAAGAUGAUGAGAGAUAUGUCCCUCCUUUUUCCCUUGGCCUGGAUGACAUAGAAAAAGAAAGUAAUCAAAAUUUGGUCACGCCAGAGCCAGAACCACAAGAGAGAGAAAAAAGCAAGCGGACAAAGAAAGUUGGUCCAUAUCAAAAAUCACCUUAUGUCAACAGGGUGAUUGAUAUCAAGGAAAGAAUGAACAAUGAAGACUUUGGAUAUUGGGUCUUCUUGCUAAAGAAAAAGGGCGAGCUAUUUUAA